GUAGAUCAAGUGCAUGACUUAAGACUCAUCCACCGCUUCUCUUCCUCUUCCAUCACGAUGUCGCUUGCAAUGCUUGUCGGUGGAUCUGAAUGCGGCCCGUCAAACCCACUUCAGAGCCUAUCCAAAAGGUUCGACCAAGACCGCGGAGUGCAGCAGGAUUUCAUCGGUGGCACACGUGCAGGCUCAUCUCGAGAGGUGUUCCGCACCCAGCAAGCUACUUCUCCUGAACUACAACAGCAUGCAGAACUCCCUCAGCCUUUUAAUCUGGCUGGAUUAAAUGAUGUUCUUCCGCAAGUUCAAACAUCUAUUCAAUCACCGCAGACCCAGAACCCAUUUCCCUCGGGCUGGGCAAGCGAUUUUAUGGUACAGCAGGUGCAGACGCCUGCAUCUGUGAUCAAGCAUGUCGAGGCUCAGCAAGAUCGAAUGCAGAGUCCUAUUUCGGCGCCUAUCAGUCCAGGACUGCAAGGUAGUAUACCCUGGAACGCCCCGCAUGCGGGUUACAGAAUGAGUCCCAUGUCGGGCAUGAUGGCCGCAGCGCCAAUGCCGAUGCAAAUAUCUGCUCUGCAGACUGAUCAGGUAUCAUGGGACAGAGAGUUUCAAUCUCAAGAAAUGAGGUUAAACGCGCAUGUCGCCCCGGUCUCAGAUUCUGCUCACGUUGCAUCGAAGCCUGCUGCGAAAGAUGACAUGGCACAAUUAGCAGCACGUGUCAUUGAUGCCGUCCAGGGCGAGCAGAAUCCCAAAUUCCGCCAGAGUCAAUUCAUGAGCCUCAUGCGUCAGUUCCGAGACGGCGAAGUCAUCGUUGAAGAAGACAAGAUCGUUCCCAGCGAAAGCAGCACUGCUGCUCGUGUAAACGUCAAGGGAAAGGGGCGUGCGGUUGACAUUCCUGUGCGAGAAGUCCAGGAGCCUGUCCGGGUACACUCAGUACCAGCGAGUUCCAUCCAGGGCUAUCAAGGUUCUUUCGAAUUAAGCGAGGCGUAUCGCCACCAACGCAACAACAAUUAUGCCGACGAUGCUUAUUUUCAACAAGAAAAUGAAGAGUUCUCGAAGUACUGGGACGCUCAUUAUACAGGACCUGUGCCCCACACUAUAUCCGCGGGCGAGCAAGGUUCAUGGCAUGAACUCCAGCGCGAUUGGGAUGCGUUUGAAGCUACUUCCACGGGAAUUAAAGCCUUGACAAAUUACCAAUUUCAGGAGAACAAUCCUUAUCUCCUGGGCGAUUCGUCAAGGACGCGUCAUCAUGGAAUGCACGUGAGUGAAGUUCAACGUGGCCAAGAUAGCGUGCUCAAACUAGAGGCGGCUGUCCAGCGCGAUGUGAAUAACGCCGCAGCAUGGUACGAGCUUGGCGUCAAACAACAGGAAAACGAACGUGAAAAGAAGGCUGUGCAGGCCCUGGAACGUUCUGUUGAACUCGAUCCGACACAUCUUGGCGCAUGGCUUGCCCUCUCCGUUUCUUACACGAAUGACAAUAACCGCAUGGGCGUUUACAACGCAGUCAAAGAAUGGGCGAUCCGCAAUCCCAAGUACAACCAUAUGGUACAGAACGCCACAUUGACAGCGGCUACCAAUGUAUCCCCUCCCGAUUUUGAGGCGUUGAUAGAGUGUCUUAUCAGUAUGGCACGGAGUACUGACGAGGUGGGAGGUGUGGAUGCAGAUGUGCAAGUGGCACUUGCUGUGUUGCUAAACACGACAGAUGAAUACAACAAGGCGCAAGAUUGUUUUUUGACGGCAUUGGCGGUCCGCCCGAAUGACUGGCUUCUGUAUAACAGAGUGGGUGCCACGAUGGCAAAUAAUGGGCAGGCCGAGGAAGCACUUCAGUUCUAUUAUCGGGCACUGGAUCUAAACCCUGCAUAUAUACGGGCAAGGUUCAACCUGGGUAUUUCCUGCAUUAAUCUUCGGCGGUAUGAGGAGGCGCAGUCACACAUUCUCGAUGCGCUAGUUUUGCAAGAUAGCGAUGGUGUGGCGGAUGACAGUGGCAUGAAUGACAAACGUGGUGUGACAAACUCCACACUGUGGGAUAGCCUCAAGACGACUUGUUUGCACCUUCAGAGGUCUGACCUUGCAGCGUUAUGUGAUAGGAGAAACCUUGAUGGAUUCAGGAAUGCGUUUGAAAGCGGGCCCUGACAAGCCGACUCCCGACGAUCCGUGCCCUGAUGUGUCAUGUUAUUUCGUACUUUGGUCUACUGCGUCUAGCACCGCUUCAUCUGUAUUUUACCUCGCGUGUAUAUCAACUGGAUCCUAUGAGGCUGUCA